UCUAAUCUAGAAUCUAGAUCUAGAUGGCCUAGCUCCAGUUUGUUUCCUUCUCUUUUUGUCUUCUUCCAGUUUGCCUUGCAAGGUCUUAAAUUGAAGUCACAAUAAUGAUCUCUAGAUCUAGAAUCUAGUAUUUUAGCAGAGAUGAACUGUUGAAUUCUCAGAUCUCCAACUCUUGACCCUGACUCCUGGCCUGACACCCUGGGCAGCCUGAGAACCAGUCAGUCUUGAACUGUUUAUUGACCGAAUCAGUUGGUAACCCGUUGGUUUAGUGUAAAAUCUGUGGGAGUAGAAUCUAAUCUAGUAGUGUGUAAUUCAAGGGAAGAGCUUGUGUUAUAUUUAAUUAUUUUUCUAAUGGACUGGAAUGAGACUGGACAUAAAUGCACUGAGACAACAAUGUCUGCUGUGUUCACAUGGGGCAAAGCUACCUUUGACUUUGGGGUGCUUGGAAUUGGCAGUUCUGAGGAGAAUGCAGUCAGGUCUCCAAAACAAGUUGAGACCUUGGACAACGUUGACAUUCGUCAAAUCAGUAUUGGAGAGAACCAUUCCUUGAUAUGUGGAAAGGAUGGUGCUAUUUUUAGUUGUGGUGCGAAUGAUUUCAAUCAGUGCGGGCGAGAUGGAAACCUCAACAAAUUUGGACGAAUUGAAGCUGGUCUGCUUUCUCAGCAAGUUAUUCAGGCAGCAGCAGGGGCUAAUCACAGUGUGGCCUUGACACAGGCUUGGAAAGUUUUCACCUGGGGAAAAAAUGACUCUGGCCAGUUAGGCCGUGGGGAUAUCCCAGAGGAAGCCAGAGGCAUACCAAAGUUAAUAAAGUCACUUGCUGUUCAUUGUGUUCUACAAGUCGCUUGCGGGAAUGAUCACAGCAUUGUACUCACAAACGAUAGUCUUGUCAGAGUCUGGGGUUCCAAUUCAUAUGGGCAGUUGGGCUUAGGCAAGAAUGCAGCGGUGAAGUACCAGAACUUUCCAGAGGUUGUAACAUCUGUCAAAGGGAUCCCUGUGGAGCAAAUAGCUGCUGGAGGAAACCACUCGUUCCUGCUGUCAAAGUCUGGAGCUGUCUAUGGUUGGGGGCGGAACAGCUUUGGUCAGUUAGGAGUGAACGAUACCAAAGAUUAUGAUAUGCCAAAACAGUGCCGUUCAUUGAGAACUCAAAAAAUCAAAUACAUCUGUGCUGGGGAAAAUCAUUCUGCUGCCCUCACUGCGGAUGGUCGUGUGUUCACGUUUGGGGCAGGGAGUUACGGCCAGCUGGGACACAAUAGCAACAGCAACAAGAUUUUACCAUGCCAAGUUAUUGAGCUGUCUGGAGUGGAGGUCUCUCAGAUUGCUUGUGGGAGGUGCCACACUCUUGCAUUUGUGCCAAGCACAGGUCAUCUGUAUGCAUUUGGACUAGGGGGGAGUGGGCAGCUUGGGACCUCCUCAUUGGAGAACAAAAACAGCCCUUUUUUGGUGCAGGGUCCUUUUGUCAGCCAGAGUGGAGCAGGCACCAGCAACAUGCAAGUGGACAACCAAGGACCAGAACUCUGUGUCAAGAGUAUCUACACAGGGGGAGAUCACUCUUUUGCUCUCGUUCAAGAUUGUUCAGCUUGCCAUUCUGAGGAUUUUCGGGAAAGAGAUCAUGUCAGGCAAAUCCUUACACUUUCCCAGAAAAGAAUUGAAAUGUUUCAUGACCUCAAAUCAAAUGAUACCCCUCCGCAUGAGCUUUCAGAUGAGAUGACAAAAAUCUUUUCUCAUGCAUCAUGUUUGAAUGGCUCAUUUCUCUUGCCACAUGAUGAGCACUAUGGCAGCAGUAGUAAAAAGCACGGUGUGGAUAUGAAUGCAGUACGGGAAUUUUUUCAGGGUCUCUCGAAGCUUCCGAACAUUGUCAUCAAACAAUAUAUUUGCACCAGCAUUGAGCAGGAUCUGAUUCCCACGCUGGCAAAGAGUCCACCAGAUGUAGAGGCCCUUCGUUUGUACAUAAUGCUGCCUGAGUGCCACUUUUUUGACCAGCCCAAGCUGUACAGAUCUAUCAUCUGUCCAUUCGCCAAUGCCUUUCUGUCCAUGGAUCCUGUCGCUCAAAAAGUCUUGUAUUCAUGGUGGCAGUCAAACCAGCCGUCUUUCUUUAACAGACUUGUAGUUAUUUAUAAAGGUUGUUUAGAAUAUUUGCUUCAGUUGCCAGACACAACUGAUCCAUUAGAGGUUAGCAGGAGGAAAAGUGGGCUGUUUUCAUGCAUGGAAAUGUUGCAGAAGCUGAAUGCCGUUAAUGAAGAAAAUCACCAGAUCAUCCCGUACCACAAGUUCUAUGUGCCCGAGUUGAAAGAGCGAGUGAACAUCAAAGAGGACUACAUCAGAUGGGUGCAGCACACGCAACGUCGCACUCAGGGUUUCCACUUCUGCAACUACCCAUUCCUGUUUGAUGGAGCGGCCAAAAGUGUCCUGCUUCAGACAGAUGCCUCUCUGCAAAAGAGGAACGCCGUUGAGAGUGUUCAGCGACAGAACCGUUGGGUCGUCGAGCACCUGUUCCAGACGUCAAGGGACAUGAGCAUGCUUCUACCUCUGUUUGACCCCGAAAACAUGUUCCUGGUUUUGUUUGUGGAUCGGAACAACCUGGUCCAAGACACCCUGCUACAGCUGCAGAGUAAGCACAGUGCCGACCUCAAGAAACCCCUCAAGGUGGUGUUUAAAGGAGAGGAAGCUGUGGAUGAUGGUGGAGUGCGAAAGGAAUUCUUCUUGCUCCUCCUUAAAGAAGUGAUGGAUCCGGAGUACGACAUGUUCAAUGUGGAUGAGGAUUCCUAUUUACAAUGGUUCAAUCCAUCUAAGUUUGAAGAGGCCAACAAGUUCCGUAUGAUUGGCAUUCUGUGUGGCCUGGCCAUCUACAACUUCAUCAUCAUUGAUUUACACUUUCCGCUGGCGCUCUACAAGAAAUUACUAAAAAAGCCAAUUACUGCCGAUGACUUGAAAGAGCUCAAACCAGGUGUUGGAAAGGGUUUACAAGAUCUGCUGGACUUUGAAGAGGAUGAGGAGGAUGAGUUCGAAGCUGUCUUCUCCUUGCACUUUGAGGUUAUGACAGAACAGUCCGGUGAGCAAAAGUCAGUGGAACUUUGUAAGGACGGGAAAAAAAUGGCUGUCAAUCAAAACAAUAAGCAAAAAUAUGUUGACUUGUAUGUGGACUACAUUCUGAACAAAUCAGUGGAGACACAAUUCUCAGCCUUCAGCGAAGGAUUCUUGUCUGUUUGUGGUGGCGAGGUCUUGAAGCUGUUCCACCCCCAGGAGCUUCAGGCCAUGGUUGUAGGCAAUGAGGACUAUGACUUCCUUGAGCUAGAAAAGAACACUGGCUACAAUGGAGAGUACCACAAGUAUCACCUUACCAUCAAAUUCUUCUGGGAGGUGUUCCAUGAGAUGAGUCUCGUAGACAAGAAAAAAUUCCUCAUGUUCCUCACUGGCAGUGAUCGUAUUCCUGUGUUUGGCAUGAAGUAUGUCAAGAUUAUCAUCCAGCCAACAUGUGAUGGGGAGAAGUUCCUGCCUGUGGCUCACACAUGCUUCAAUGUGCUCGACCUGCCCAAGUACAGCACAAAGGAAACAUUGCAGGACAAGCUUCUGUUGGCUAUUCAGCAAACAGAAGGAUUUGGUCUCAUUUAAGGACUUCCAUACUGAGACACCAAAAUGUUGGAGCUGUUAGUCGUGGACUUUUGAUUUCUGUUUGGAGCCAAGAUGAUACCCUUCAACAACAGCAAUAAGUCCAGGAUGUUCUUCUUUACUGUUGAACUGGUUGUUAAUGCUUUGAUUAGAACUUACUAGAUGUAGUGCCCUGCCAUUUUUUGUUUGAUAUGUAUACCUAGGGUCUAUAUAAGAGUAUAAAAGCCAUGUAGCAAAUGUUAUAAAUAUGUCCUUUAAAAAGGCCUUGAUUAGUGGGGUGCUUUUCUGUUGAUAGAACAUAGCUGGAGUGGUUUUGAAUUUUAGAUUGAGAACUUAUUUUUUUGCUUGGAGUAUAGAUGUAUAGAAAUUUAAUCUGCAUGCAAUCCUGCUAAUGUUUGACACUUUAACAAGAGAAACCCCACAAACACAAUGAUAAAAGAAGUUGUCUUAUAUUUUUACAAUAAAUAGGACAAAGGCUGAAACUGAAAUAAGAUUGGGCCAACUCACACAAGAAGUUAUCCAUAAGGAAUCAUGAACCCAGCUGCCCAUUAUGGACCUAGUUUUUUCUCAAAGAAUUAUUUUGAUGUAGAACUUUAUCAGUUUUUCCAUAAUUUUUUUCUUAAGAUUAGCGACAAACACUUCUAAUCUGUUAUAAAAAUCUUUUUCAAGAAAAAUUGUGCAUGAAACAAUACAUUUAGCCUUAACAAUGUUGGCAAAUCAAUUUAUUAUAGUCCAUAACAAAUAAAAAUGAAACCUUCUCUUGAUCUCUAUGGAAUGGCAGAAAAUUACUGAAUGCAUCGAUUGUUUCAAUUAAAGCUUUUGCAUAAAAUGCACCUGAUCCAACAAAAUUCGACUUCAGAUGAAGUAAUUGUUUAUAACCAAAGCUGUAUGCAAAUAAUCAUUUUUUUUAUAGAGAUGGAUACAUGGUCUUAAUAAGUUUGUGUCGUCAAUUUAGCUCUUUGAAUAUUCUCGGAGGAAGGUGGGUAUAGUAACAACUCUACUAAGUGUAACAUAAAAGGUGCAAAGCGUCAAGUUUGAACCUCAUGCGUUUUUGAAACAAAAUGGUAUGAAAAAGAUGAUAAACCCUUAUUACCACUAAAAUUCAGUUUCCUUUCUUAUUUCAGGCAUAGUAUCCACGUUUAUGACAUUUGAUUGUUGUGCCAUUGUUUCACAUAUUGUUUCUCUGUGUUUGACACUGAGAACUAAAGUUUUCAUAAUUUGCUCUUUUCUUCAGAGGCUGCUGAGAUCCAAAGUAAGAGCCUUUUUACAAUUUUGCUCAGGUCUGGGUUUUUAUUUGUCCCAGUCUAUCUGGUUGUAUAUCUGUGAGUGCAGGUGGGUGAUUUUGGAAAUGCAGAAAGUGUGACUUUUUCAUGUGAAAGUGACUGAAAGUGUUAGUUUUAACACUACAGCGAUGCCUUCUGACAUCCAUAUACCUUCAUGAACAGUUAGCCUUGGUGAAUAUAAAUAUUCUGGAGUAAUUUUUGACUGUUAGGUUGCAUCAUGUGAUCAUGGGGACCUACUAAUGCUGUGGCUGGUAUGACUGAGGCUUUGAUGUAAUUUGUCUGAAUUAGCCCAGAUUGAGCAUUCUCUGACCUGUAUCUGUUGGUGGAAUUGAGUAGUUGAUUGUACGGGAACCUCACAUGAUGCAACUGCAGUCUUGAGGUCUCUCUUGAAAGUCUGAUUUGAAACUGAAUAUUUGAGGUAUACUUAAAGUUAGAAGCCCUGAAUGCUCUCUUGAAAUCUCAUUGAUGAAAAAAAAA